UCAAAGGUCUACGGACACUUCAAGGUUCCGGAGCUCAUUGCGGGACCCAAGGGGUCCUAUAUCUACCGAUUUGUUUGCAAGAGGUGCCCAUCCAAGCAUGUCGAUCGUGUCAAUUACGAGUACUCGACUGCUAACCUCAAGCACCAUGUCGACUCCUGCGAGCCCGACGACACUCCCAAAGGCGAGAAGAUCUCGGCAUUCGCUCACGGCGUCACCUACACCCCUCCACGUAUGCGCCUCUUUCUUGCACUGUGGUGUGCUCGCCGUCACCGUCCCUAUGCAAUCGUCGAGGAUCUGGAGUUGCAGAGCAUCUUCCGCAUGCUCUAUGCCAAGGUCAAGAUCCCCUCCCGAUCUACGGUGUCUCGGGACAUCCAGCUCCUUCAUCAGGAGAUGAAGUCAGCGCUUGUUGCGCUCCUGCUGGUGAGUGAAUGCCAUGGCCUUCCGUCGCGCAUUUAUGUGUGUGUCAAUGGCUGGACCUCCCCAAACGUGCUCGCAUUCCUCGGGAUCAUGGUCCAUUGGCACUGGGAAGGGAAAAUACACCAGGAACACAGUGACGGAAGUCUUGGCCUGCACGUUGGAAAUGUGCGACAUUCUCACUGA